GUGCAUAAAAAAUCCCACGCUUAUCUCACGGCCCAUAUCUUCUCUCUCCACCAUCUCCGCCGAUUCCGAUCGUCUUCUUCCUCCUCCUCCUCCUCCCUCUGUCCCCCUCGAAAGUUGACGAGAAAUGGCCGCUGCUUCUACGGCUCUCCGCCCACUUUUCCUUCCCCAUCUCCCGACCACCGCCACCGUCGCCGUCCGCCUCCACCCCCCGCCUCUCCUCCUCCCGCUUAGAAGCCUCCGGAGCUCUCUCCCCCCUUCGCGUUCUCGCCUCUCCCCCGUCGUCUUCGCCCAAUCCAACCUGUUCAAGGCCAUUCAGACAGCUUGGAGAAUUGGAAAAGAUGUGACAGAGGCUGGAGCUAAUCUGGUGCCGGAUUCAAUUCCUCGACCAAUAGCAAGGAUUGGCAUCAUUACUGUUGCUGUCACUAUUGCCCUUUUUAUUCUGAAGUCCUUCGUAUCUACUGUAUUCUUCGUAUUGGCCGUGAUGGGACUCGUGUAUUUCGUCUUUGUUUCUUUGAACACGGACGAACUCUCUACGCGCAGCAAGAUCACCACAUCCAAUGAGGAGGAAACAUUAGAAGAAGCAAGAAGGAUAAUGGAGAAAUACAAGUAGCAGAUUUCUGAGAUGGAAUAAUUUUUCUCUUUUUUUCCUUAUAGAUUUUGAUUCAAUACUAGGUUCUAUAAAUGUAAUUAAUCCAGGGAAUUAAGGAUGCACAUCUUUCAAGCACCAUGAAGAAAAAACUCGAAGAAAUUUCACCUUUAGCUGAAGAUAGAACAUGCUUAUUUCUUGCAACAUUCUGUUGUGCUUAUCUUGCAAAUUACUGAUAAUUUGCUGUAUGUGUUCUCAUCAAUUAUCCACUUUGAAACAA